AUGCUGCGUUGUGUGUCGAGAAGGCUGUGGUAUCAGUUCAAGGACCUCAAAAGUAAGGUCAUCCUCGAAAAGCUUCGAAACUCGAAACUGCAGGAAGGUGUUCACCCUUCUGAUAUGGAUAUGGAGGAUCUGGCAAGGGAAAGCGGCAUUGCGCCGCCGAGUAGUGUCAAUGUGCAGGACUUUGUGCACGAGAAAGAGGCCGUGCUGGAGAUGCUGCAGGAACAGCGACUGCGCCGCAUAGCCCGGCGCGAAGCGUUUCUGGAGUGGCAAGCUGGGCAGCGCGAAAAAGGCGCCGCUCACCGUCUUGUUCGCCAAUCGCGCAAAGCGGAAAAGUACAAGCGCCGCCACUACCAUGCCACGAGUGGGCGAAUGCUGCCGAUAUCUCUUUCUCCGGGUCAAGCACCGCCAGAUCACCGCGCACCAAUGUCAAUGCCAAAGGCGUGCGUAUCGUCUACCGAGUUUCUACGAGGAGGUCCGGCAGAAAAUCGGCACGCCAUACACCUCUCUUUGGAAAAGAAGUGA